AUGCAGUCUGGCAUAACAGCCUCCUCCGAACUUCAAUCCGCCUUUCAGACCUUCACCUCCGACGCCAGUCUCUUCGCGCUCCCUAUAACGAUAGCCUCGGAAUCUCUGCGACCUCUGCCCUCCACCCCGUUCCCGUCCUCUCACUCUGGCCUGUUCAACAGCAUCCACACUCUUUCCUCCUUUCUGACAUCCACCGAACCUCUGUUCCUCCUCCUCCGCCGCGCGCCCUCUUCCAAUGAACUCGUCGCAAUCACAUACAUUCCCUCGCGGGCGCCAGUGCGGCAAAAGACUCUUUUUGCAAGCACGAGGAACACGCUGAUGAGGGAACUGGGGAGCGAGAAGUUUUCGGAAACAGUCUUCCUCACAGAGAGGGAAGAGAUCCUCGAUCCGGCGCAAUGGGAGGAGCGCGCGAGGGGAAGCGCCGCUGCGAGUGGUGGUGUUCCAACUGCAGGGGCCACGCGAGCCGCCGUGGACGAGGGCUUACUGAGUGUCGAGGAGCGAGAGCUUCAAGCUGUCAAGCGGGCAGAAGAAGAGGAACGCCACGGCACCCGCGGUAGAGACCUGAUGGGCGAAGGAAAGGGCAAGAAUGCCAUGAAGAUCAGCGAUGAAGCUAAAUCCGCUCUAUCCGCCUUCAAGGACGUCGCGGCCAGUGAAGGCAAGCUUGCUAUCUUCUCGAUCGAUAUCCCGACCGAAGAAAUCCGACUCGUCUCCACGAAAACGGGCAUCCAGCCCGCCGCCGUGGCAAGCAACAUCCCCGCUGACAAGCCAAGUUAUACACUCUACAACGCCCCCGGCGUGCCGGGGAGUAUCUUCAUCUACGUCUGCCCGGGGUCGUCAAAGAUCAAGGAGAGGAUGAUCCACGCAAGUUCACGGCUGGGCGUGACGAAGCUUGCGGGCUGGGAAGGCGUGGAGAUUGUGAAGAGGCUAGAGGCGGGCGACCCGGAGGAGUUAGGUGGCGGAAGGUUAGAGGAGGAGGUGAAGGCUCUGACGGCCGCAGGAGGGACUGCAACGCCAAGGGGUGGGUUUGCGAGGCCGAAGAGGCCGGGGAAGAGGUGA